AUGCGCGAUAAUUACAACGAACACGGAGUGGACGAGGUGGGGGUCCAAGUGGUAUGGACAUUCAUGAACAAGUGGUGGGAAGUGGAAGGAAGAGAACUCUUCGAGGAGCAACCAGCGGAAGCGAAGAAGGGCUUGAGAAUACUGGAUAUGGCUGCUGGAAGCGGAGAAGCCACUAUCUGCCUACUCGACUGGGCCAAAUCCCCAUCGCCUUCUCCGGCAUCUCCAGUAAUACCUCAAACACCCACAGAUCCUCUCGUCUUCCUCCGCUCCAACCCUGCAGCCUCCUCCUCUAGUAGACCAGCAUUCGUCCCGCCCUCGCGCAAGCCUGUCGAGCCCCCUCAGAGAGCUUCUGCGAGCUCGUCAGGUGCUAGAAGAAAGGUGUUUGGGAACGCGAUACCUCCAAAACUACCUGAGGGUUUUGAGAUUGGCAUUGUGGCCACGGAUCCUUACACCUCACCAGCUUACUCAGAUCGCACAUCUCGCCCUUGCCACCCCCUAUCAUUCACUGACCUUGCACAAGGCCAACUACCUCCCUCUGCCUCUGAAACAGUCGAGCCACACGGAAAUGAACCGAUAUGGGACAUCAUCAUCUGUUCUUUCGCCUUGCACCUUGUCACCGACCCUUCGGAGCUAUUUGCACUUCUGUACGAGCUCAGUGGAAAAGCGAGGUGGCUGGUCAUUGUAGCGCCGCAUAAGAAGCCUGAGAUCAAAGAGACGUGGGGAUGGUCAAGAUGGGAUAUCGCCUCCUGGAGUGCGGCCGGUAAUGAAAAAUUGUACGCGGGAAAGAAGACCAAAGUCGAUGAAGAUGAUGAGGAAGAGACGGAGCUCGAGAUUGUUCGUGACAAGUGA